UUAAAACAUGUAAACACACUUCUUAAAUAUAAGUUCAUAAAGUGGAAAGUGUUCAUAUUUAUAGAUUGCAGAAUGAACUGCAAUCAUUUCAUAGAAGUUCCCCUGCGUUCUAGCGGAGGAAAAAAAAUGAAGAAACGGAAAGAACUCGACGCUCUUAUAGCACAUUCCCUCACAAAGAGGGGCUACCACCGCACCGUAAACUCGCAGGAUAAGUUACUGUCAGUAUCCACCGAUGACCCUGAUGAUUUAGCAUGGAUGAGCGCUCCCAAUAUCCGUCGAAAUCAUAAGAAACAAAUAUAUAUCCGUAAGUGCGGGCCAGUUCUUUUCGGGAUAAUUAUCGUGUUUGUUCUCGCUCUUUUAUACUGGGCGUACUUUGAUUUACGUAAACAGAUUUCCGAUUAUCAACAAAAGUUUGAAGAAGUUUCUGCAGUGAGUAAAGUUUUUCCGGAUACGCUUCAACAUUGGCAUGAAACAACAGCAUCGUUUAUAAAAAAUCAAUCGUUGGUUGUAUACCAAUUAAAUGACUUAACUCAAAACGUAGAACUUUUGGGAAGUAAUUUAAGCAGCCUUCAAGCAACAGUAAAUUCACAAAGAAUUUACGGUCAGGAUGAGAAGAUAGUCGCUGACUUUGGAGCUAAAUUAGAGGCAGUUGUGGCUGAUAUAGAUGUAAUGAAGGAACAUUACAAAAGGGUCGUCGAAGUGCAGAAAAGCUUCGAGACUGAUAUGGAUAUUAUAAAGGCCAAUAUAAGUCGAUUGUCUACCGUUCAAAAUUGUUCUUCACCAGCAAAUUAUACAAAGGAUGUUAAUUUGAUUGUAAAAACAUUGGAAAAUGAUUUAAAAAAUGUGGAUAACAAAAUUAUGUAUGUUAACAACACUCUCCGGCAGACAAUAAAAAUUCUACAUGAAGAGAUAAUGGCCCACAAAAUAAAGUUGGAGGACUUAUUGGACCGCUUUCAAAACAUAUCAACCCAUGUUACCACAUUAAGCAAUAAUUGGUGGCAAUUUAAGCAAAAAAAUGUAAUUGCGGAUAAAGAGUUGAGCAAAUUGAAUGAAAAGGAACCUCAACAGCAUAAUUCGGUUCCACUGUAACAAUAGCACCAAUAUUAACUACGACAGCAAAGACAACGCUGACAGCUGCGGACCAAGCAAACCGACACCAGACGUCCCGGCAUUUCCACCAACGGCAUCGCCUACGGAAUCAUUAUGUAGGGCAUUCACAGCAGCAGCUACGAAUACAGUACCUGAAUAUGCAAAAAGCCAGCCUUCCUUCUUUUGUUACGCGGAUGACACCAUCCUUACCAAAGCAGGCACAUAGAAGUAGGGCGCUACACUUACACACAAGGUUUUGGAUCGCUUUUGGUAUUGGGCCAUUCCAUCUGCAUCAACGGCGAAAAGUCUCAGCAUUGCAUGUUAGCGCUCAAGCAAACAAAUCGUAACGAUUUCUAGCUCAACAACGUGGCCAUGCUUAAGGAGAACCAUAUUCGCUACGGGUAUCUAUCUGGACAACUUACUUGACUUAAACACAGCGUUGUGUUGGCACCAGCGUAUAGAUCCAUACGGUAACAAAUAAAGCCGUAUUAAAAAUGUAACUGGUCAAAAUAUAUUGUAAAUUAUGUAAAUAAUUUGUAGAUUUAGCUCUCAGACACAGACUCCAACAAUUCUGGCACUAUUGUAGUAAAAUAUUUUCAUCCAAACUUUAAACUUUUCCAAAGCCACGAUAUAGUAUAUAAUUUCGACUUUCCAAAUAAUGUUUAUAUUGUUAUAUAAUUUUUAAUUUUGUUGGCGUUUACUUUUUAGGUCGUAAGUCUACUAUUAUAAUGUGUUUUUUAUUUUUAAACGUUUAUUUGUCUGCUAAUAAAUAUUUAUAAUAAAAUAGUUAAAAAAAAUGUUUUUCUUUUGCAUUUUGUUGAUCUAAACUUUAGAUGCUAUAUUAUUACUAACUACCGUCCACUUUACAAUCUCCUAAACUAGCUUUUCUUCGACAAUUUCGUAUAAAAAUUGACAUAUAAAGCUCCAAAUUGUGGUAAGAUAUCUAAAUUAUAACGAAUUAAAAAACGUUUUUCAUACUGUUUCAUUCUGCUUUCAAGCAACACCCUCCUCCUAAUGCUUAAGGCUCAGUUUCGGGUUCAAAUUGAAAGGAUCAUUUUAAAAAUAUAAAACGCGCUUUAGAGAGAAA